AAAUAAAUGGGAUAAACCCUAGAAGUUUUUCUUUUUCUUUCUAUCAUCUGUAAGCGCCUCCCUUCUUCUUCAGAACCAUCUCCAACCUGCAGCAGCAAUGGCUCCCAAGAAAGGUGUUAAAACUCCAGUAGCAGCAAAGAAGAAGAGUGAGAAGGUUGUAAACCCUUUGUUCGAGAGGCGACCAAAGCAAUUUGGAAUUGGUGGUGCAUUACCUCCCAAGAAGGAUUUGCAUAGGUUUGUCAAAUGGCCCAAGGUUGUUCGUAUUCAACGUCAAAGGAGGAUUUUGAAGCAAAGGUUGAAGGUUCCACCAGCUUUGAACCAGUUCACAAAGACCCUAGACAAGAACCUAGCAACAAAUCUAUUCAAGAUGUUGCUUAAAUACAGACCUGAAGACAAGGCUGCCAAGAAGGAAAGGCUUUUGAAAAGGGCACAGGCUGAGUCUGAGGGAAAGACCGUCGAGGCAAAGAAACCCAUUGUUGUCAAAUACGGACUUAACCACAUUACCUACCUCAUUGAACAGAACAAGGCCCAAAUGGUGGUUAUUGCCCAUGAUGUCGACCCAAUUGAGCUUGUUGUUUGGCUGCCUGCUUUGUGCCGUAAAAUGGAGAUCCCCUAUGCUAUUGUGAAGGGCAAGGCCCGUCUUGGAGCGAUCGUCCACAAGAAAACUGCCUCAGCAUUGUGCUUGACCUCAGUUAAGAAUGAAGAUAAGAUGGACUUUAGCAAGAUUGUGGAGGCAAUUAAGGCCAACUUUAACGACAAGUUUGAUGAGCACAGAAAGAAAUGGGGAGGUGGUAUUAUGGGAUCAAAGUCGCAAGCAAAAUCCAAAGCAAAGGAAAGAGUGUUGGCCAAGGAGCAAGCUCAACGUAACAACUAAGUUGUCUGGUUCUUGUUCUUGUAGUUCGAAAGAUUUUCUUAUGACCCUCUGUAGUUCUGUAGCUGAUCUAGAGAAGAGAAACAUUUUGUCACAAACAGUUUUUUAGUUUUGAGAUUUAUUUUACUAUUCUGUCUUUUGCAAAAACGAGAAACCAGAUUUAUAUAUGCUGGAUUUAUCUAGAUGUUUAUUUCUCAUAUCGCUGUUAGCAUGACUUUUAUGAUGGUUUUUAGCGGAC